AUGGCUGAGAAAACCCAUAGUGAAUUCGCUAGUCACCUACUGCAAAUGUGUGAAGAAAUGAGAGUGCGUCAAAACAAUCAACAAUGCUCAACUCCAUCUAGUCAAUCCCAAGGGCAAGGUGAGUUCAUUAUAAAUUAUACGCCGUGAUUAUUCUUCCAACACCUAUGAUUUUAAGAAAAUGGAAUCUUUGUAUUUUAGUAUUUGUAUUUUAUUCAUGUAUGCUUGAUUAUUUACAGUGCCAGUGGAUAAAUGUUGGAACGAAUUUUAAUUAUGAUACAAAUAUUUGUUUUUUGUUCCAUCAGGUCAUGUUGUCCAGUCUACGCCAUCACGACUUGUUAGAAGAUCACUAAUUCCUGAAGAUAUUCAUCUGUCUCCUGUUCUGGCUGACGAAUCUGAGAUUGAUAAGUAGAUUCUAGAUAGAAAUAGAACUUUCCCACACCAUUCCAAAUAUAAGCUCCCCCCCCCCGAAUAUAAUCCCCCCCACAUAUUGAAUAUAAUAUCAUUUUUGUUUCUUUUCAUGUUUAUAAUUAACAAUAAAUACUUGGUUACCAAUGUUGUCCAUGUAUAAGCCCCCUGUAUAUACUGUAAGGUGUAUAAGCGUCCCCCCAUGUAUAAGCCCAUCAAAAAAUUUAUAUAAACCAAAAGCUUAUAAUCGGGGGUUUACGGUAUUCGCUCACUAUUUUCGGUACAGUAGAUGUUGCAUACACGUCGAUUUGUCCCAGUUUGGAUGUUAGCGGAAUUGAGAAUCAAUGCACAAGCAUCAACCCUGAAUUUGGAAUGUUUCCUGGUAGGCAGUCAUCAGAAUCGGAAAGUGAGAUAUCUGAAUCUUCAGAACAAACAAGGUAAACACUACUUUAUAGUAUUAUCAAGUGCAUAAAUUAUGAUACUAUGACUACACUUGGAAAUAUGCAGAGUUAGCUACAGUAGAUAUAAUGUUUUAAUACUUUUUCCAUUUGUGCACUGCAUUAACAUAUUUUUAAUUUAUAAACAAGCAGCUCGGAUUUGGCCAGUUCAGAAUCUGCUAUGUAUGAUGCUGAUGAGGAUGAUAUGGAUAAUUUUGAACGGUGUGGCGACAGUUUUUAUGACAAAGAUUUCAUGGAUGUUGACGAUGAAAUGUAAGUAAAAUAUUAUUAAGUAUAAUAAUAAGAUUGAAAUUUUCACUCGGCAUUGGAACACAAUUAUUUUGUGAAUACAUGUUGUCAAGGCCACUCUUGAAUGUUGUCAGGUCGCUGUCAGGCAUUGAAGGGUAAAAAGUAAACAAAGUUCAAUUAACAGAAUUUGUGAUUGACAUGUAUUGUGGGAUAUGAGAGGACUAUGAAAAUAAACAAUCCAAAUUAUUAUUUAGAAGCAAAAUAUAAAAACUUUGAUUCAAGAAUAUUGAAAUCAACGAUGAUAUUUUGCAAGUAGUUUUAACUAAGCAAGCACUCUGAUAGCAAUGCCUUUUACAUUGACCAACAGCACCUUGACAACAUUCAAAUAUGGCCUUGACAACGUAGUACCACCGCCUUGAUAACAUACAUUGUGUGGUGAUAAAGUUUUUGUAAAUGUUCAAACAUUUAAACAAAACAUUUGGCAUUCCAAGGUUGAAUGAAAUCACAUUAAUUAUUUUGCUUUAUAAAGUGAGAUUAUGAUAGUGAAAAUCACGCUGUAUCAGUUUACCAGUAAACAGAACCAUCAAAAGCAAUUUUUCAUACCAGAAAAAACAUGGAGGUCAGAUUUUCCCUUUCAUGUUGAAGUAUUCUUCAUGUGUACUUUAAGUUUUCACCCAUACCAAUAACAUAGUAAUUGGCUGUAGUUGUAGAACAUAUGUAUUAUGGGCCCAUGGCUAGCUUGGCUUAAAGUGGGAAACCCAUACCUACAAGUAUUAGUAUUGAAUUCAUUGUAGUAAAUGCAGUAUUUUCCUUUGAAGUUUUGAAGAGGCUGAAGGAGAUGUGACAUUAACUGCUUCAGAGGGUGAAGAUAAACCAGCAGAGUUUGAUCAUACUAAGGGAGAGGAAGAUAUGGAUGUGAGCUAUUUCGAAGAAUGGGAUAGAACUAACAUAGAGAUACAGCAUGGUCCAGAGACAAGCGAUGAUUGGGCACAGAGAUUAUUAAAACAGCUGAAAGAUGAAUUUGAUAAAGUGAAUGUUACAGGAAAACAGAGCCAGAUUUUUGCAGACCAUGGUCAACAGAGUCGAUCAGUUGUUGAGGUAGAUAAAUUGUUGGAAUUAUUUAAAAACAAUUGUCAAAUGCAUCUAUGUACUGGACAAAGUAGAGUUGAAAAUUGGAAAGCUAAUGGGGUGUUUUAAUAAUCGCAUGGAGAUGCUGUCAUGGUCAUGGUGGGGUCUGGUCGUCAUCAAAGGUUUUAUGCGUAAAGAAGGAACAGAAUGUGUACACCACUACCAUAAUGAUAGCUGCAGCAAUUAUUAUAACAGGUGGCAAUUAUGAAAAGUUUGCACUAUUUUGCAAAUUUCUUGGUCUGUCAUUCAUCUCAAGGUCAACUUUAAUGAGAAUCCAAGAGAAGUAUGUGAUUGCUGAAAUCAAGAGAUUUUGGAAAGACAUGAAGGCAUCUAUAUGGAAAAUCUUUUUGGGGGAAAGCAUCAUUCUUUGCGGUGAUGGCCGAAAUGAUUCACUAGGUUUCAGUGCUAAGUAUUGUGUGUAUGUACUUAUGGAGCAGUUUGUCAAUGUAAUCGUUGAUAUUGAAGUUGUAGACAAGCGUGAAACUGGUGGGGUGUCAACCAGUAUGGAAGUUUAUGGACUGAAAAAACUGUUGGAACGUGUUGUUAGUGAGACUGUUGUGUCAGAAAUUGUGACAGAUGCUUCCUUUGAAUAUUUUUGGUUUUAG